GUCGCGAUCUGGAAUCCAUGUCCCGUUUCUCCGCCGGAGAGGCUGACAAGUACGAUAAGGUUGUUGUUUGGAAGUAUUCCAAGGACCGUCGGUGAGGCUAUGUCAUAUCCUGUGGCCUGACGUUGAUAGUAAUUUCAAAGGAUGCCCAACUACUGGUGGCAGCUGGUACACUUUGCCUGCUAAUGUUGACUGUCAGUUCGCUAGCACGUAUUACCUAGAGACUAGCAACUUGGGAGAAGAGCGAGUGAUUCAGCUGAUUGGAUAUGGUGCCUGUGCAUGGCACAGCGUUUAUUUUUACCUGCUGUUUUGUGUCCAUUCAAUCUGCUUGUUGUUCGGUUCCCUGUCAUGGCCAUCUUCGUUGCCGCCGCCAUCAUCAAGCUCAUUGUGCAGUUGGCAAGAAACCAAAAGUUCAGAAUUUGCAGGUACGGCACGCCUCCCUUUCUGGCUCCACGAACUAUUUACGGAAAGGCACUUUCAUGGAGUUCAGGGAAGCUGAUCUAUACGUUCUCUUGCGGCGGUGACCGUUGCUGUCCUGUCGAAUGUCAAGCUGUCAUUAACCUACAACCUUAAAUCCAAGAUUGAUCUCAUUUCAGGUAACAUUGCCGUGCAUACUAGCACUGAC